AGGCUGAGACCAAUCCAGAAGCCUCCAGCGCUCACAACGCAAGCUCCCUGCUCCCUGCCGACAUGAAGGUCUCCGCCACGCUUCUGUGCCUGCUGCUCACGGCCGCCGCCUUCGGCAUCCAGGUGCUUGCCCAGCCAGAAUGUUUUUCAGGUUCAGUUUCCAUCCCCAUUACCUGCUGCUUCAGUGUGGUCAAAAGGAAGGUCCCCGUGCAGAAACUGGAGAGCUACACGAGGGUCACCAACAGCCAGUGUCCCCAGGAAGCUGUGAUCUUCAAGACCAAAGCUUCCAGGGAGAUCUGUGCUGACCCCCAGCUGAAAUGGGUCCAGGAUAACAUGAAGCACCUGGACCAAAAGUCCUCAACCCAGAAGCCUUGAACCUUUGCACCUGGACCGAGAGACAGAGCCUGAAGAAAAUCUUAUUUAUUUUCCCCCAACCCUCCCCAAGGGCAGAGCAAUCUUAUUUUAUUACAAUGUACAACAAGAGGCAUUUUGUAUAAUAAUUUAAAGCACAUUUCUCAAGUAAUAUUUAAUAAAUCCUGCCGAACAUAAAGCACAG